GACAGAUAGUGUUAGAUGAGGUUUGUGAUCUGUCAUACAUUUUACAUUUAUUCUAUCUGUGAAUUAAUUAUUAUCUUUUACAUCUAUAUUAAGAUUAUACAAAAAUUAUAGCAAUGGUUAUUUUAAAAAAUAUUAAAUAUCUGAUUCAAUGACAGUAAUAUAGUGUUGUAAGUUCUAAAAUUGUUAACUUCUGCCCAUGAGCAUACAUUACAUUGAUUAGCCAAACAUGGCAUAUACUCGUCCAAAGGACUUGGAUGGGUUCUUUGUCCAUUUGUCCAAGCCUGAUACAAAAUUUCGACAACAACUAGGAGUAGAUCUUCUCUCCUUUUUGGCCGAACCUUCAAAUCCAAUUGAUUGUCAAGAUAUUGGACUUUUUGUUGAUGGAUUAAUACCAUGGAUGCAGAGUAGUAACUAUAAGGUAUCGACUAAUGGAAUAGAAGUUCUAACAUAUCUGAUAGACCGUUUAGGAACGGAUUUCAAACCGUACAUUCAAACAGUGUUACCCAACGUUAUAGAUAGAUUAGGAGACGCUAAAGACACCGUUAGGGAAAAAGCACAAAUACUCUUAUUAAAAUUAUUAGAAAGAAACGUAUUAACACCACAAAUUCUAAUAGAAAAACUACACCACGGUUUUACCCAUAAAAACGCCAAAAUUAGAGAAGAAGUCCUCAGGUGUUUGGUAAAUACUUUAAACGAAUACGGUGCCCAAUCGUUGACUUUGAAUAAAUUCAUUCCAGAAAUCGUCAAUUUACUUUCCGAUCCCACGGUAACUGUUAGAGAUACGGCGUUUAAUACGUUAGUUGAUCUUUAUAAGCAUGUGGGUGAAAAAUUAAGGAUCGAUUUACAGAAAAGGAAUAUCGUUCCGCAAGCUAAAUGGAAUGUUCUUUCGGUGAAAUUUGAUGAGGUUAAAGCUAGAGGAGAGCUACUACCGUCAGCUAGUAAAGGAAUAGACUUUGCUACUGAUGAAACGGACAAAGCAGUCAUGGCGAGACCGAUUAUUCCCGUUAAAAGACAAGUAUUAGGUACCGCGAUAAAACAACGUUCAGGUUUAUCUGCCGGUACAGGUUCCACUUCAUCGGUUUUCAGUCGAGUUGGUUCCUUCCGACAAUCUUCAAUGUCAACCGGUGCAGUUGACGAAGAAACUUUCAUUAAAAGUUUCGAGGACUGUCCAACAGUACAAAUAUUCUCAUUCAGAGAAGUAAGCGAACAUUUAAAGAACAUACAAGAUAUCAUAUCUGACGCGAACAAGGAUUGGAAUAAGAGAGUAGACGCCUUGAAGAAAAUAAGGUCGCUAUGUAUAGCCGGCGCUACGAACCACGAAGAAUUUUACGUCGGGUUGAAGAACCUGGAAAUACCUUUACAAGGUACAUUGAAAGAUCUUCGGUCUCAAGUGGUACGGGAGGCUUGCAUAACCAUAUCGUACCUGUCUCAGAUAUUGAGGAACAAAUUCGAUAAAACCUCGGAAAUGUUGUUGCAACAUCUGAUAAAUCUCAUACAGAAUUCGGCGAAGGUUAUGGCGUCUUCGGGUCAAAUAACGGUGAAAUUUAUAAUACAGAAUAUCCACAGCAGUCGUUUGAUACCGAUUAUUACCAGUAAUUGUAUGAAAUCGAAGAGUAAGGAGAUCAGGAGGGCUUGUUGCGAAUUUUUGGAAUUGAUAUUGACGCAGUGGCCGAAACAACCCCUCGAACGACACAUCCCUACGCUUCAAGAAGCAGUUAAAAGUGGUAUAGCCGAUGCUGAUCCAGACGCGCGAGUUAGUUCAAGAAGAGCAUUUAAAGGUUUCAAAGAACAUUUCCCGGAUCAAGCUGAACACCUAGUCCAAUCGCUGGAUCCUAGUUAUAGAAGAGCCUUACACGGUGAAGGAAUGUCAGCCAGUUCGUCCCACAGCAAUAUAGCUAGCGGUUUCAAAACGCCCAAAGCGUCUUAUAGAUCUGCCACGCACAGCGGAACAGAUUCGGUUAGUAAGGGUUUCAGAAGUAAUUCGGCGAUCGAUUUGCAAGCCGCCCAAAGGGCCAAAGCUAGGGCUCAAUAUUCCGCUAUAGCCAGAAAUAAAAUUCAAUUCGGUACAGCUAGUUUACAAGGUGAAGUAGCUCAACAAGCAAGGCCUAAAAGAGCACCGGAUCCGGUGGUGACUUCGUCUCCGGAACGCAUGAGCAGAACCAGAAACCGCAAUUCACAAUCCCAACCGACCAGUCGAUCAGGUUCCCCGAAUUCCCGAUUGGGGUACAUGUAUCACAGGGUCACCGAUCACGAAUCCUCUCCCCGACCGAGGAAACUAUCAUCCGGCAUACCAAGAUCGACUCAAGGCUCCAGGGAUACGUCGAGGGAAACCAGUCCGAAUAGAAGUUUGAAUCGAUUCAGGAGAGCCGGCGACAGACCGCCUCCGAGUCCCGCUUCCAGACCGGUAUUGGCGCAGAAAAUAUUGCAACAGAGCAGGGAAGCGGAAAAUGCUCUGGCGGACGUUUUCAAUUCGUCCGAUCACUAUAGAGGCACUAGAAAGAAUAUAAGAUCGGUGGAUAAUCAAUCAGAUGAAUCGGAAACAUCUAGCGUAUGUUCGGAGAGGUCUGAGAGAUCUUUUGAUUCGUUUAGAAGACCUUGCGAUUCGUAUUCGUGGAGUGGCUCACAGCAAAGAUUAUCAAGAGAUCUGUGGGAACCGUCUCGAGAUAUAAAUCAAAUAAUAGCACUGUGCGCCAGCACCAAUUGGCAAGAAAGGAAAGACGGUCUGUUGUCUUUACAAUAUUAUCUCAGUACCGAAAUACCAUUGACCCCCGGAGAGUUGAAGCACCUGACCGAAAUAUUCACUAGGAUGUUUAUGGAUUCCCACACGAAGGGAUUGAGCGUUUUUCUCGAUACUCUAAACGAAAUAAUUAGAUCUUACAAAUCGGAAUUGGAAUUUUGGUUGUACGUACUACUGCAGAGGGUGUUCGUUAAAAUCGGAACCGAAACUUUAAGUUCCAUACAGGGGAAGUUGAUGUCCACUUUGGAUCUGAUAAAAAUCAGUUUUCCCGGGAAAUUGUUGAUAGCUAACGUUUACAGGUUUCUCAUAGAUGCCACGCAAACGCCAAAUACGAAGGUGAAGAAUGUCGUUUUGAACACCCUCUCUUCGUUAUGUAACGAUCCAGAUAACGCCCAAUACAUUUCCCAAUCACCGGCGAGUCAAGCUCUCCAAAAAAUCAUCACGUACGCUCAAGAUACCAAAUCAGCAGAAACGCGACACGCCGCCAAACAAUGUAUCGUAGCUUUAUGGAACUGCAACACACCGCAAGUAACGAUGCUAUUGGCCGAAUUGCCCAAAGAACAACAGGACUUGGCUUCGAACGUAGUCCACAGCCAUAUGAGGAAAAGUUCGACGGGCAGCGAACCGGGAAGUCCGAUGGCGAUAGCAAGUCCCAAGCCCCUUUCGCCGGGCGUUUCGCCUUUGAGAGACGGCUUGGACCAAGAGGAAUUCCACAGGAGAUUGAGGAGAACCACCGCCGAAAUUCAAAAUUACAGUUUCGAAGCGAUAAGUUCCAAAUUGGAUAGAGACAGAGAUACGACCUCGCAAGAUUCCGGUAUAUCGCAGAUGUCGGCGGGAAAUGACGUCGCCAGAGACGAAAGAUUAUUGGAAGAACAAAUGGAGGAAUUGUCGAUUAGACCAAAUUUUGCUAUUAGAUCCGGUUCGAGGUCUUUGCCGUAUUCGGCGGUUAACGGCGAAACGGACACCAACAGUUUUAGAAGCUUGGGUGAAAUAAAAGAUGCGGAGCAGAUCAUAUCGGAUAUAAUACAAAAUUGUUGUUCUCCUAUACCGAAUGAGGAAAAGUGUAAGAUGUUGUCUCAAUUGCACGACCUUAUUAAAAACGGCCAAACCGAAUAUAUAAAGAAGAAUUUUAAGAAAAUAUUGAGGAUUCUGAUAAAUGCUUUGAACGAAAAGGAUACGAUGAUACAAGUGACUGCGCUCCAGACGCUCAGAACCGUGUUCCAGACGGAGGAUUUGAAAGAUUGCUGGAACAAUUUCAUCGAAUUGAUUACUAUGAAGGUGCUCGAGGCUCAUAAUGAUGAAAAAAGGGAGGUUAUGAAAGAAGCCGAAUUAACAGCUGCGGCGAUGACGGUAGGUCCUUUUGAGAAGAUCGUCGAAACUGUAGCACCAAUAAUCAGUACUAGUCAUUAUCCUCCAUUAUUGGGUGCCAUAAAAAUGUUAGCCAAGUUAGUUGAGGCUCAUCCGAACGAAGUGGCCGAUGAACACUUGUCGAAAAUAAUGCCGGGACUCAUUAAGGGCACUGAUCACACCGAGAGUCCCGUUAGGAAGAGUUCGAUAUUUUGUAUGGUCGCUUUACAUAAGGCUGUGGGAGAACAGAGACUUUCUUCGUACAUCACACAUUUAUCGGGAAGCAAAAUCAAAUUGUUGAGAUUGUACAUCGAUAGAUCAGAACAUAAUUCCGUUUCUAGUACUACCAAGAACAACGGUAGCUAACCCUUACAGUCAACAAAAAUAAAAGAGACAUAACGAGUUAUCUUCCAUUGACUAAUCCCUUAUUUUAUGUAAUAAUUUUUUUUUAUAACAAAAGAUCACACCGACUAACUUAUUCGAUUACUAUUAUUGGAGCUUUCCCUGUAUGAAUGUUACCAGGAUCUCUUUUCGCUCAUUCAUCGCUUCUUUAAUCUUUUCCGUUGGCUAUUUUGGAUGGAUUCUCUAUUUUAGUGAUUCGUAUCGAAGUAUCGGAAUACAUAAAAGCUAAAAGAACUACUAUUUCUUCAUUUUUUUUUGUAUACGUUCAAAUCCAAUCUUUCCAUUUCAUUUUCCUCGUUUUCUCGUUGUAUUUAUUAUUGACCGAAUUAUGCCCAUGCCAUAACAAUUAUUUUUUAUAUAUUAUUUUCCAUAGGUUUAAUAUUGGAUGUAGUUAGCAGAUGUUUCAUGAAAAACUUCCCGCUGUGACAAUUGUUUUGCCCCACACGGUUAUAAAUAUGAUGUAACUUCGUUAUUUUUUUAUUAAAUUCAAUUUAUAUACAUCACUUUGCAGCUUUUGCUAGCUCUAGGUACACGUAUACAUCGGACAAACAAGCUGGUUAGCAUUCGAAAAGAAUUAAUGUUCAUAAAAGCAAACUAUACCUAAAAAAUUUAAUAUUUCGUUAUCAGUGUGGAUAAAAUAAUUGAAACUUACAAUAUUGUUGUAAUGGAGGUUUUUCGUUUUAUAUAUAUUUUGAAAAUUAAUUAUAACGACCACUAUCCAAGAAAAAAAAACAUUAAUUUAAUUAUGGACUAAUUAUUUGUUACAAUUAACAAAUUAUUUUUAAUUAUUUUCUAUUAAUUAUUAUCUGUUUGAUUGGGAUGUGAUUAUUAAUUUUUUGAGGGGGUAUAUUAUGUCGUGCCUUCCCUUUAGAACAGUAUAUGUCGUAAAACAUUUCGAGUAGGGUUGUACACCGUAUUUUUUCUAUAUGUUAUAUUUUAUCGUGAUCAUUUUUUUUUUUUGAUAAAAUAGAAGUAUAAACAAUUUUCAUCAUGAAAUAUUGAUAAUGACAUCUAGAAAUGUCUAAACGAACCCUCUUAAGUCCCCUAGCACUUUAUAAUUUCCAAUAAUGCAGGACAUUUCCUUUUUUUAUCAUCCCAGUUUCCAUUCCACGUUUUUAUUUAAAUAUUUACAUUUCAAUGCUCCAUUUUGUUGAAAACGGUACAUUUGAACUACUCCAAAAUUUAUUGAUGAUGUGUUGAAAUUUUAUUACUCAUGUUGAAGUUGGUACCUACAAAGUGUCUAUCUUACUUUCUAACAGUAACUUUUUGUUCAAGACAGGAUAAUGCAGGACAUUUCCUUCCAAACAGCUUUUUUAAAUUCAUUUUCCAAAACUAUACUGAUAGACUGAUUAGAUAUGUGGAUAUAAAAUUGGAAAUAUCUAAAAUGGUACAUUUGAACUACUCCUACUACUACUAUUAUUAAUAAAGCAUACAUAUAUUUGGUAAAAUUGAAUAAAAACUGGGUUUCUAAAUUGUGUAAUUUGGUAUAAUUAGGUUCAAAAUUUUUACAUUUAUGUAAGUAAAAGUUGGGUUUCACUUUUUUCCAAAUAAAUUUUCUUUUAUAAUCUUUCUAGGUUACAAUGAACCUUAAUUUGGGCACAUUUGAACUACUGCACAUCAAUAAAGCACACAUACAUUUUGUAAAAUUAAAUAAGACUUGAGUUGAAUUCUACUGGGUGUCUAAGUUGAGUAAUUCGAAUUUAUUAAGAUCAAAAUGCUCAAAAGACAGUAUUUUAUUUUGUUUUCAAAUAUUAUUCACUCCAUCGUGUUGAAAUUUUAUUUUAAAAUCUUGAGUCACAAAGAUGCUUAGUUAUAAGAAUGGUAUAUUUGAACUACCCCACAUUAUUAAUAAAGCAUACGUGCAAUCAGUUUAAUUGAAUCAAGAUUUGAGUUCAAUUCCACUGGGUCUCUAAAUUGAGUAAUUUGGUUUUAUUAGGUUCAAAAAUCCACAUUUAUGUAACUAAAAGUUAGAGUUCAGUUUUACUCUCAAUUAAUAAUGGUACAUUUGAUUAAAAUUUUCUUUUAAAAUCUUUGUAGUUCACAAUGAGCCUUGAUUAAAUUUGAACUACUGCAUAUUAAACAUUAUAAAACCAUACAUACGUUUGGUUUCAUCGAAUAAAGACUUAAUUCAAUUAAUCUGAGUCUCAUAAUUUGAGAAAUUGUGUUUUAUUUAAGUCAAAAUAUCUACAAAAUAGUAUUUUGUUCCAAAUUUUUUACAAGUUACAAAAAUGGUACAUUUGAACUACCAUUAACCAAUCUAAAGACUAGUUCAAUUCAACUGAAUCUUGUUGAUUAAUUUGAUUGUUUUUUCUUCAUAGUGCUUGAGGGUGGAUCUAUUUUGUCGGUUUUGAAUAACCAGGGGGUUCAGUUUACUGUAAAUUUGUUAUUUCCGCUUCCUUAAAGUUGCUAUUACCAUUCCUUUUCGGUGUGUUCAUACAAUUGGGAUAAUGUUUAUGAGGUUGUUUUAGAGAUUUCAAUGAGAAUUGAGUUUGUUUAAAUACCCGAGCAUACAUUUUACGUUUUUAAUGUUGUACAUACUGUUUUAAACUGUUUUCGUCUGAUUUUUUGAGUGAAAUCCAUGAAAUAUUAUUAAUUUCAACUCAACAGAGUUAAAUUGUUUUACAUAAUGUUUAAUUCUGUGUUUAUCGAUCAACCAUGAACAGCUUUUUGUAUAAAUUUUAGUCUUGAAUGAUGUCUAGAACGAUACAUCUCUAGUCUUACAAUUUCUUAGACUUUCAACCAGUUUACAACAUUAUGUGAUUUUUUUUAGUUUUAUAAAAUGUGUAUAUAUCGGAUUUUGAUGUUAUAUAGUUGAUAAGAUUUUGUAUGCGUCUUCAUUGAACGACAUUAAGUUGAAAAAUUCAUUUUUAUGAUCUAAUUUUGUUAUUCCAUUAAUUUUUGACAUCAUUUUGUUCCUUUUCUCAUUUUUAUAUACCUAUCGAAUUAAUCUUCAUCGUAGAUGUCAUCUUUUUAUAUACUUUCCGAAUCCUCUUUUUGUUAGUUUUGUAUUUUAUACCUGCAAAACUAAAAACCUAUUCGCUUCAAUAAAAUUGUUUCUAAUGCAUUAGUUUUACUUUGUAUAAUCUAAAUACUUUUCAUCAUUGUUCUAACUUAUACCAUUUUAGACAUAAUAGGCUUCUGCUUUGGGCCCACAUUGUCUAUAUUUUAGUCUACUUAUAAAAUAAAUACAUUUUAGUUUUAUAGAAUUGAUAUUUAUACUUUAUUUUAUUAUUAUUUGUUUAAAUCUACUUUGUUGGUCAAAAAAUAAUGGAAUCUCUUGUUGUUUAUACUUGAUGUUUUGAAAAUAUUGUUAUCAAGAGAAGUUUACGUGAAUCUAACUUGUUGCGAUGGAAGUUUUAAUGUUUUCGAUAAAUUGUUUAUCUACAGUAUGAGGUUUCUUUCACUUUUUUCUAUAUAUGAAUUUAAAAAUCAAGCUUUUGUGAAAUGAUAUAUUUAAUAUGCCAAAAAAGAAACGAUGUAUUAUUAUUAAACGAGACAUCAUUGAAAGAGUUGUACAUAUAUUUUAUCGUUAGAUAUUAGUAUCUGUAAUCUCUAAAUAGAUUCUCCAUGAAUGUUAAUUUUUGCAUCUUCUCAUUAAUGACUAUCCUUUUAUGUAAUUAAUAAAUAAUGUAACAAUUUCAACGAGUUUUAUUCAU